AUACCUGCUUUAUUGAAUUCCCUAGACGGACUUGAACCAUUUUCUUAACCAUAAUUAAUUCUUCGUUUUUUGUAAUUUAGAUGGGUCUAAUAUUUAAUUAAAGUUUCAAUUUUUUUAUUAUCUUUGUAUUUAUUAAUAUUUUAUUUUUCAAUUUGUGGGGAAAUUUUGAUUUUUUUUCCUCCCUUUUCUUCUCUUUUUCUGCAAAACCCAGUUUCCAGAAAAAUACUAGUUGGUGGUUUUUCAGACACUCCAAAAACUGGGUACUUUGGUAUGUUGAAAUUUUUUCUUUUAAGUUAAGCUUGAUUUUUCAUAUUUUUGUUUUAAUUUCUGUUUUUUUGUUCAAAUGGUAAUUAUUUUCUAGAAAAAGCUAUGAUUUAGGGAUUUCUGGAUUCAAAAGCAAGGAUCUUUCAAGCUUUUUGACUUAUUUCUUUAAUGUUUUAGAUGGUUUAAGCAUUUUCAGACAAAAGUUUUAAUCUUUUGAAGUUUUUAAUUAGUUUGGGUUUCUUGGUUGUUUCCUGAUUUUGAGUUUUGGGUUUUAUUUUACUUUUUAACCUUCAUUAGUACUUGAUCAAUUUCAUUUUCUUCUGCAGUAAAUGCUGCUUUUCAGCUUAAUAUAUUGUAUUAUUCUUGUAUGUUUCAAAUUUGAGAUAGUUUAGUAAAUUUCUGGGAAUUUUUGGAUCUUUGGGUUUUAGAUUUUUGUCUAGGGCUUUACUGUUCUUCCCUUUUUUUUUUCAUUGUAAGUUAAAAAAAAUUAAUGCAUGGAGACUAUUAGAGAGGAUUUAAGUUCUGGGGUCUUAAUGAAAAAUGAUGAAGGAGCUCAAGGUUUCUGUGUAGCAUCUAGGGUUGAAAACCCAAUUAGCCAACCAGGUGCUCCAACUAUGGCAGCUACUGCUCCACCUGUAAGUAUGGCAGUUCCAAAUACUUCUUCUGGUAUGAAGAAGAGAGGUAGACCUAGGAAAUAUGGCCCUGAUGGGGCCCCGGCGGCCGCAUUGUCGCCUAUGCCGAUUUCGGCUUCCAUUCCCCUCACUGGAGACUUUUCAGGCUGGAAACAACCUAGGGCAAGGCCUUAUCAAACCACAAAGAAGGCACAAAAAUUGGAGUUUGAGAGUAAAGGUGAUCGACUUGCAUAUUUCGUAGGUGCAAAUUUCACACCUCAUGUGAUCACCGUAAACGCCGGGGAGGAUGUUGCAAUGAAGGUUCUGUCGUUUUCUCAGCAAGAGUCCCGUGCUAUAUGUAUCCUCUCUGCUAGUGGUUCUAUUUCAAAUGUUACCCUUCGACAACCUAAUUCUUCUGGUGGUACUCUAACAUAUGAAGGCCGUUUCGAGAUACUUUCCUUGUCCGGAUCAUUUAUGCCCAGUGACAAUGGCAUAGUAAAAAGUAGAUCUGGAGGCAUGAGUGUCUCACUAGCAAGUCCUGAUGGACGUGUUUUAGGUGGAGGACUUGCUGGUCUACUUGUUGCUGCUAGUCCUGUGCAGGUUGUGUUGGGAAGUUUCUUACCGGGCCACCAUCAAGAGCAGAAGCUGAAGAAGCAAAAGAUCGAGCCUGUAACCAAUGUUAUGCCUGCGAUAAUCAACCAAGUACAGCAGGAAGGUGGAGGAUUUGGAGGUCAGAAGGUAAACUUUGCCUCCCCACCCCCCUCGUACCAUACUGGCAACUUGUCCUCUAUGAACUCGACCCAUUCAACCCACUCCAACCAACACGACCCAAUGGACCUCGAAGCUGACAAUAACAUUUUAUCCUCGGAGGGGGAUUCUGAUGAUGAUCUUGACGAUGACGACAGCCCUUCAAAUCUCGAGAUCUCCGGCUGAAAUCUGACCUAGUUUUUCCACUCACAUCUGUACUUGUAUGUUUCGAAACGUAGUCUGUCCACAUCCACACAUUUACUCAACCGUUGUCGCUCUUCACACUUUCAAGGAUUCGGGAAAUCGGUGUAAUAUCAAAUGUACCGUUUACAAAUAGGUAAUGUUAGCGUGACAUUAGCUUCGGGUUUUUAACACAGGAUGCUUUGGUUUGGUAGGACUAGUCAGGAUUUGUAGUUUAGUUAGUACAGCUGAUUUUGCUGUGAAUUGUGUGGGUGUUUUGUGUAUUACUGGAUACUGGAUUUCCUUAGAAACUGCAGAUGUACAAUGUCAUGUAUGACAUGUAUUCCUCUGCUCAACUUUUGUGGAAUUAUAUUUAUGCUCUUGUAGCAACUACUUAUGCUGAGGUUUGAAUUAGAAUAUAAAUUAUCAUUUUGUUUCUUGUU